AAUCGUAGACUAUACUAAAAAAAUUAUUGACUUAGAAGCAGCCGAAGCAUCGAAAUUUCAAUAUAUUAUCGGAUGGACUAUCUAUAAACUAACAAAAAGUGAUAAAUUAACAUUAGCACAUGAUAAAUUUGCAAAGAUCAAGUCAUAUCUGAAUGUUCUUAGUUCUGAACAGGUGGAAUAUAUAUAUGAAACUCGUUCAAAGACAACAACAGUUAUUCCAGGGGCUGAGUUCAUUCAAUUCAUGUAUUAUUUAGAGUUACUUAUCCUUCAACUCUUUGAAAAACAUAUUGAAUAUGGGCCAAAUAUCCUAACUUAUAUUGAUAAAAAUCUUGUAAGCAAUCAACCUUUAAAGGAGCAGUUUAAUGGCCUUUUGCGAAUAGUAUAUGAAAAACAAGAAUCACUUUUAGAAUUCACACAUAAUUAUAUAGAAUUAUCAAAAGAAACAGAAGAUUAUUUGUUAAUGCAUUUGAUCAAGAUUUAUAUGCAAAGCCAACAAUGA